UAAUACCAAAGUUGCCAAAAAUUCAUCUUCAUGUACGUUUGAUAUAUGGUAGCCACAAAUUAUUGACCAAAAAUAAAGGAGAAAUGGAUUUGUGUGGUGUGAGCAAGUUGCAAGAUGAAGAAUGGGCCACGUAUGAUAUGACUUACUUUUCUUCAUUAUGGAUAAGGUGAAAAAAGGUUUUGUUCUCGGCCGCUGCUAUAAAUACUUACACAACCUCCGCCGCCGCUGCCAUCGCUCGCCGCCGGCAGGCUCUGAUAUGAUAGGAUAAAGGGGUUCGAAAUUGUUUGCCAAUGCAGUGCAGAUUUACUGCAUCAACCACAAAAUAUACUGCUACUGCAAACCACAACAACUUCCAUCAUCAUGUAUCAUCUGCAUCGACAUUUCCAUCUCUUCUUAGCAACUAUAGGAUUGCAUUUUAUCCCUCCGCCAAAACUACCUUUCACCAUGUGAAGUCUUUUCCUUUACACCGCCGCAGAUUUGUUGGGCCUGGCAAAGUUGAUUCUAGUAAUAAUGGCCGCAAUGCGGCGGACGAAGCUCAAGAAGAACAAGAUGAUGAUGAUGAGUUGCCAGAAUUGCUGCAAUUAGGCAAUUCUGCCAUUUUACCCGCCUGCUUCGUUGGCCUCUUCACUGGCAUCGCUAUCGUCCUUUUCAACUACACGGUACAUGAAAUACGCGACUUGAGCUGGGGUGAAAUCCCUGGUCGAGGCGCCACAUGGUUAAGAGAGCAACCCAUUGACACCAAAUGGGGACGAGUAGUCUUAGUUCCUGCUCUCGGAGGUCUUAUAGUUAGCUUAUUGAACAUGAUUCGAACUUGGUUAGAGGAUUCUGCUGAUGGGAAUGCCAUGUCGAACUUCAAAUCAGCACUAAAACCGAUUCUGAAAACUGCAGCCGCUUGUGUCACCUUGGGAACAGGGAACUCGUUGGGACCGGAAGGCCCAAGUGUUGAGAUUGGUGUCUCCGUAGCCAAAGGAGUCGGCGCCUUUUUGGAUAGGGGAGCUCAAAGAAAACUGUCUCUCAGAGCUGCAGGGUCAGCUGCUGGAAUUGCUGCAGGAUUCAAUGCUGCUGUUGGUGGUUGUUUUUUCGCGGUGGAGUCAGUCUUGUGGCCUUCACCUGUAGAGUCAUCCUUAUCCUUGACAAACACAACUUCAAUGGUCAUUCUGAGUGCUGUUAUAGCUUCUGUCAUAUCAGAAAUCGGUUUGGGCUCUGAACCAGCUUUCGCUGUCCCACUCUACGACUUUCGUUCUCCAAGUGAACUGCCACUCUAUCUUCUGUUGGGUGCAUUAUGUGGUCUGGUCUCGGUUGGCUUAACGAAGUGCACAUCUUUUAUGCUGGCUUUGUUUGACGGCGUUGAAAGAGGUGUUGGGAUACCGAGAGCAGUGUUUCCCAUACUUGGUGGUUUGACAGUUGGAUUUAUAGCCUUAGCAUAUCCUGAGAUCCUUUACUGGGGAUUCGAGAAUGUUGACACGCUGUUAGAAUCUCGACCUUUCUCAUUCAGCCUUUCUGCUGAUCUGUUGGUGCAACUGGUGGCUGUCAAAAUAGUGACAACUUCCUUAUGCAGAGCUUCUGGAUUGGUAGGUGGUUACUACGCCCCAUCUCUAUUCAUCGGUGCAGCUACAGGAAUGGCAUAUGGGAAGAUUGUGGGUCAUUUGGUUUCCAUAUCCAAUCCAGUGCUUCAUCUCUCAGUCUUGGAAGUCGCUUCGUCACAAGCUUAUGCUCUGGUUGGCAUGGCUGCUACUCUAGCUGGGGUGUGUCAGGUGCCCCUCACUGCAGUCUUGCUUCUGUUUGAACUAACACAGGAUUAUCGAAUCGUGCUGCCACUCUUGGGAGCUGUGGGAUUCUCUGCGUGGAUCACAUCCGACAAGACAAGAAGUUUCAAAGAAUCGAAAAAAGAUGGCCGUGGUGGUGUGAAGGAGGUGAAUGGGAGUAGCAUCUGUGAACUCGAGAGCUCGCUGUGUGUGAACAGUGAUUCUGAGGAUGAUUUUGGAGACGGGAUCUUGGUGUCGCAGGCCAUGAGAAGGAGAUACGUGACAACGAGGAUGAGCUCUUCUCUAACAGAUGUAGUGUCCCUCAUGUUGGAAGAGAAGCAGUCAUGUGCCUUGAUAGUAGAUGAUAAUGACUGGCUCCUUGGUCAGCUAACACUGGUUGACAUUCAGGACUUCAUUCAAUUCUCUAUGGCGAAAACCACGAAACCACCUCAGGUUCCGAGAGUGUCUGAACUCAUGAGCUCCUCCUACGGUGGAAGAUGUGUGGUUUCCUGCACGACGACCCCAAAUAUGAGUCUGCUUACUGCUCUAAGCCUGAUGAACAGGCAGGGUGUGAGCCAACUGCCGGUUAUCUUGGAGGAUGGGGGCCGUCUAGUCGGCCUCUUGGAUAGAGAAUCCAUCGAUGUUGCUAGCAGAGCGUUUGCAAUCCGGGAUGGGCUCGGCUGGUUUAUGUUAGAGGAGGAGAAACUCAAGAACUGAAACUAUAGUAUACUCUCUGCAUCCACAGCUCAAUUUUGUUUUGGUUUUACAGAUUUUGUACAGUACAAUCAAUUCAAUCAUGUUGCUCAUCUAUUGAGUUGUUCCUUGUUUUCA